CCGGAAUUCUGAAUGUGAUGUUUAAGAUGGGGCUUGAAUAACAUGGAGGCUGUUCACAUCCUUCAGUACCACGAGUGCGGAGUCGGUCGACGCUUGUGCGCAUGAUGGAGGAUCAUUUGAGGCAGCGCAGUCUGCAAGGAUGACAGGUAAGUGGAUCCGUGGAGGGGUUGCUGAUUGUUCAGGCGAGAUGGUAGCACCGACUGAGCAGGAGGCCAAGAGAUCGUGUGAGACUUAUCCUUUUUGCUCUCUGCAUUUUGGCAGGUUGUUUUAUGCAUCUUUCAUUGGUAAAUUGAGUUUCAAGAAGGCUAAGGAAAACCAAAAGUUCUGUCAUAUGUUAGUUCUGCACAAGAAGUGUUCGAAGAAAUGCUUGAACGGAAAAAACGGUCCUGAAAUAAAGAUCAAAUUAGAGAUUGAACAUGGAAGCCGGGAAUGUAUAAUCAGUGUUUGGGUAUUGCAAUUUCUGGCUGGAUUGUUCAGACAAGUGGGUAUCAAUGAAAAAGUCAGAGGUGGUAAGUGAAGAAUACUCGCCUGAAAAUUGAUUUUGAAAGUGUAAUGGUUUUGGAGAUAUAAGUUUGCUGAGAAAAAUAGUUUUACAGGGAAGUGUCUUUAUAGAUAAUGCCAUAUUGUCAGCCAGAAUCCACUGGCUUGCUUACUGCUGUUGGUUAUGGUUUGUUUAUAGAUAAUGCCAUAUUGUCAGCCAGAAUCCACUGGCUUGCUUACUUGCUG